GCUGCAACGUCACUUUUGAUUGGGGGAUUUACGUCGGGGAUUUACAUCGUUUGUCGUGUUAACAUUUCUGGAGUUCGGAAUCAUCUUUUGUGUGGUGUUUUUAUCUGUGUGUGUGAUAGAGAGAGUUUCUGCGUACGACGGUUCAUGUUGGAGUUCACGUUCCGUGCACAACCGAGAAUUGUGAAAUAACAAGGUGAAGCAUCGAAAAAGAGACAUGAUGAACAACAACUUCUUUGCCUCCGAUAAAGAGGAAUGUUUUGAGGAUGAGCAGGAAGAGGUGAAGCCGAACAAGGCACCGGAUGGGGGAUGGGGCUUGGUGAUUGUGUGCGGGGCCUUUGUUGUCACACUGUUUAUGGCAGGUCUGCCUGCAUGCUUCAUAGGACUGAUAGAAGAGAUGCAGGAGGAUUUUCCUGUUCCAUACUUGUUGUACGCGCCACUUGUGAUGGACGCUUUCAUUUUUUUGUCAGGGCCCCUUGCCAGCUUCCUGAUACACAAGUUUGGGAAUAAAAUAACAACGUUUGUGGGAGGUGUCCUCGCCUUCCUGGGAACUCUAGUCAGCUCGCUGGUACCCCACCCUGCGCUCAUUGUGGUCUUCUUUGGUGCAAUAGGAGGGACUGGGCUUGGCAUAGCCUAUCUUCCAUCGAAGGUUAUCAUCGCCCAGUGGUUCCAACACAAGCGAGCCUUGGCCACAGGCUUUGCAGUCAUGGGCGUUGGUGUCGGAUACCUUGUGUUCAACUCAAUGGUGAAACAACUUCUAAUGUCAUGGAACUGGAAACACAUUGUAGCCAUCAUGGCUGCAGUAUCCUUGCACAUUUGUGCGUCCGCACUGCUGUAUAGGUCGUUAAAGCAAUUGAAACGUGGUGUGAUUCAACAUGGUGUCAUGAUGAAAGCCUUAAUUGCAAAGAAAGAGAAACAGAGAAUGUAUGGCUUCAGUUCAAUGAGCCUGAACAAAUCAAAUAACUCUUUGAUCGUCCCUCAAGGGCCACAGCGACAACUAUCGCAACUAUCGCUUUCCUCAGUGCAGUCGGUCAUUACGCCUAAACCAGCAUCGCCCGAACCCCUUCGACCCUUGCAGCUUCAACAACAACUACAGCAAGAGCAGCAUGCCGUUACUGACAGUGGGUGCGGAAGUCUGGAGAAUUCGCCGAAACUUCUUAACCUCAUCGAGCAUGUAAAACAUAAUGUGCCCGCUUUGGACAUGGCAAGUAAUUCGCCACAAAUAUAUGGGAGUGUGCGGAGCAGUGUUGUCCCUUUCGGGAGCAGCAUGAAAAGCGUGAACACUCAAGUGCCGACUAUUUCGAACUCGAGCUCUGGGCAGAUUAGCGUGAUGUCCAGUGCCAAUGGCGAACAGUUUCUGGACAUUGUGGGGGUGGAGGAGGUAUCCAAGUACAAAUUGGUGCGAAUAUUGUGCAAGACAUUUGAAUUUAAGAUGCUCACAAAUGUGUCCUUCUGGUUGCUGAUUGUUUCCUACGUAUUAACUAUCUUUGGCUACGUCAUGCAGUUCUACCACCUGCCCAAGCACGGCACCAGCCUUGGUCUCACAGAAGAGAAAUACAAGUACCUGAUCACGAUAUUCUGGGUGACGAGCAUGAUUAGCCGGCCGGUGAUUGGCUUCAUAGCGGACCGGCCUGUCGUGAACCCUGUCUACUUUAACAGCUUCAUGGUGACCAUCGCAGGCAUCGUGUCGCUAUGCAGCUCCCUUUUCACGGAUUCACUGGAGCUCUACGCAGUCCUCUUUGGGCUUUUCUCAGCGUCAUUCUUCACCCUGCAGUCUAUCAUUCUGAUGCAGCUGUAUGACAAAGACAAGCUGGUGUCCAGUCUCGGAUUACUCGAGUUCUUUCAAGGCAUUGCCGUCUGUGCCAGCCAUGUCAUCAGUCAUGUGCUGACCAGCCAAGUGGCUCUGAUGGCAAUGGGAGGAGCCAUGUUCGUGGGCGGCCUGGUUGGGUUCACCGUCCCUCGGGCGCGCGCCAUGGAGACGCGCCGGGAGUAUUCUCCGGAGAUGGACCGCCUUGAAGGUAUCCCCGAGGAGGAAGUGGUGCAUUGUGAGAGUUCCAUAUUACUAGAUGACUGGGAUGGUACCGGGGAACAGGUUUAAGCUACUUGGGCAUUGGGGAAAGUGAAAAGAAGGCAGGAGUCAAGUUAUACGUGACGUUAUACAUGCUGACCACAUGUGAAAUACUUUAUGUUGUUUCCUAGAGAGCCAAAAUGUGUGAACUCUGACUUUAUUGUAAUAGUUUGGUUAAAAAGAGCAAUCUUUGACGGGCACAUGUACUGAAUAACUGCCAUGCAGUUGAACGUGGUGUAUUUGUGGAGGUCAAAGAUUACAAUGCUCUGAUCACAUUGAUUUGAUAAUGGAAAGAGAAACCACACACAACACCAUUGUGUUGACUUAUUACUAGAAUGACUUAGAUGAUGCUGUGUAACCCAACGAUGUGACACCUAGAGAACCAGUACUGAUAAAAAAGUAUUCUGUACAAAGGCUUGGUGUAUUGAGGAAUAAUGAUGAGGGGUGUCAAAAUGAAUGAUAUCACACGUAUCUGGUUUGACGGAUCACCACAUGAAGUUGAUUCUAAUGGCUGAGGACUAUUGGAUACUGGCUGUUGUGUACUCAUCGUGUACUUUGUUCAAAAACAGACUCUAAGCUGCUAUGAAAGUGACUGUUUUAAAAGAUGUGUUAUAGAUGGAUAGAUUGCUAGCCAUAUAUAGUGCAUUUUACUCAUUUCAACAGUCAUUUUGUAAGAAACAAAGAGAUUAAAACAAAAUAACAAACAUACAAAUAAUUGAAAGAGCAACACACGGUUGACAGCUUAAUGUGUGCUUGGACCAUAUCUCCUCAUGAAAAUAUGUUUAUCAAAAAACAUGUGGCAGGCCAGAAAAGUUACAUCAGAGAGCUGUAUUAUGUGGCCUUCACAAUUUGGCCAAUUCUAGCUGCUGAGUGACAGAGAAUUUGUCAUCCGGUGUGAGAAAUACUAUUGCAAUCAAGGUCUAGACAAAUCUGAUUGAAAAUUGUUGAAUUGGUUAGUGUAUUCACGCAAAUAUUUUUGUAUUAGAUGAAAAACGUAGAUUCAGUUGUAAGUUCAGAAUUUCGUCCAGGGAUCCUUGUCUGACCAUGGUACAAAAUAAUAAAAGUGUAAACUAUAA